CUCUCUCUCUCUCGUCUCGAUCCAACUUCAAAAAUCAAAAGCAAAAAUACAUAAUAGUAGUACCCAACCCAAACCCUCCGCCGUGCCUCCUUGCCUGCCGUUGCUUCUUCGCUUCCUCCUCUCUCACACUCCCACUCCUCCAAUCCUUCCCCCUGCUAACCCUCUCUGUCUCUCUUUCUCUCUCGCACCAGGUUCAUUUAUCAGCAAUAAUGUCUCUGAGACCGGGCGCCAGGACAGAGAUUCGUCGGAACCGAUACAAGGUUGCCGUCGAUGCCGAGGAAGGUCGGAGAAGGAGAGAAGACAACAUGGUUGAGAUCCGAAAGAACAGAAGAGAAGAGAGCUUGCUGAAGAAGAGGCGAGAAGGAAUGCAAGCACAACAAUUUCUCACCGCGGUUCAUGCUUCGACCGUCGAGAAGAAGUUAGAAAGUCUUCCCUCUAUGGUCGCUGGGGUUUGGUCGGACGAUGGUGGACUGCAGCUAGAGGCGACCACUCAGUUUCGCAAACUACUUUCAAUAGAGCGCAGUCCUCCGAUUGAGGAAGUUAUUCAAUCCGGUGUUGUCCCUCGUUUUGUUGAGUUCCUUUUGAGGGAGGACUUUCCGCAGCUUCAGUUCGAGGCGGCUUGGGCUCUCACCAACAUUGCUUCUGGAACCUCGGAGAAUACCAAAGUUGUAAUUGAUCACGGGGCCGUACCAAUUUUUGUAAAGCUAUUAGGCUCCCCGAGUGAUGAUGUCCGGGAACAGGCUGUGUGGGCAUUGGGGAAUGUUGCUGGUGACUCUCCGAGAUGCAGGGACCUUGUUCUAGGCCAUGGAGCAUUGAUUCCUCUGCUUGCACAGUUAAAUGAACAUGCCAAGCUUUCUAUGCUGAGAAACGCCACUUGGACUCUAUCGAAUUUUUGCAGGGGCAAGCCACAGCCACCUUUUGAGCAGACAAAGCCUGCACUCCCAGCUCUGGAGCGCCUAAUUCAUUCAAAUGAUGAAGAAGUUCUGACAGAUGCAUGCUGGGCCCUUUCAUAUUUGUCUGAUGGCACAAAUGAUAAAAUUCAAGCUGUUAUUGAAGCGGGGGUUUGCCCUCGACUUGUUGAACUAUUGCUCCACCCAUCUCCUUCAGUUCUCAUUCCUGCCCUUCGUACCGUUGGAAAUAUUGUUACUGGAGAUGAUAUCCAGACUCAGUAUAUCAUCAAUCAUCAGGCACUUCCUUGCCUUUUGAACUUGUUGAACCACAAUCAUAAAAAGAGCAUCAAAAAGGAAGCUUGCUGGACCAUCUCAAACAUAACGGCUGGAAAUAAGGAUCAGAUACAAGCUGUUAUUGAUGCUCAAAUAAUUGGUCCGCUGGUCCAAUUACUUCAUACUGCUGAGUUUGAUAUCAAGAAAGAGGCUGCAUGGGCAAUUUCUAAUGCAACGUCUGGUGGUAGCCAUGAUCAGAUCAAGUACCUGGUGAACCAAGGCUGUAUUAAGCCGUUAUGUGAUCUUCUUGUGUGCCCUGACCCAAGGAUUGUUACGGUCUGUUUAGAAGGACUAGAGAACAUCUUGAAGGUUGGAGAAUCUGAGAAGAACUUGGGGAACACUGGAGGAGUGAACGUCUAUGCCCAAUUGAUUGAUGAAGCUGAAGGAUUAGAUAAGAUUGAAAACCUGCAGAUCCAUGACAACUCUGAGAUUUAUGAGAAGGCAGUGAAGAUUCUUGAAACAUAUUGGUUGGAGGAACAGGAUGAGAUAUUGGCUCCAGCUGAUGCUUCCCAACCUGGGUUCCAAUUUGGUGGUAGUGAACUCCAAGUUCCUUCUGGAGGAUUUAACUUCAGUUGAAGGGUUUUUCACUUGGUGAUGUGAUACAAUUGAAGUUGAGGGCGACGGGAUGUAUGUGUUGGAGUCAGGUCGAGUGUCUCGUCGUCUUGUUUGGGUUCUGUCUGGUCCGAUCUCGGUCGUGGUUGUGGUGCCGAGGUGGAGUUUUGGCUCCUUCUACGGUGGUCGAAAAAAGGAGCACUGGUUUUUGGAAGGAGACAUUUACGGACCGAGUAAUGUGGCCGAUAUAGUUUUGCUUUUUGCAUCAAGAGUUUUUGCGGUGAGGAAAGGAGCAACCGGGGCCUUUACUGUCUUGAGCAGGGCCCCUAUAUGCAGUUUGGAGUGGUUUCUUAUUUUAUUUUAUUUUUUCAAAUUCUUUUGUAGUGUGUAGCAGUUUUGAUGCGGUCAGUCCUGGUAUUGUUGGGGCGGGCAGAUCUUUUGUAAUCCAAAUCUAUCUUGCCUGCUGCAUAGCUGGGAGAAAGAAAAGUAAGAAGAAAAUGGGUUUUGUCAUGGGAGGAUGAUCCAUUAAUUACACUAUUAUUCUUGAAAAGUCAAUUUGGGUUGUACUUCAAGUUUGUUCCUA